AUGGAAGCUUUGCAAGUUAUUUCCUCUGCAACACAAAUAAUCUCAAGUAUGUUAGGUGCUGUCAGUGCAUUAGAUCAGGCUUCUAGGAAUCUUGACGAAGCUCCAAAGAGAAUCCGAAGCCUAGAGGAAUUGGUCUAUGAUCUCGAGAAUUUGAUUCGUCGAAUUAAGCAAAAGCAUGUCUACAAGCUUCAUAAUCCCCAGCUGGAUCACCAAAUCCAAAGCUUGAAUGCCCUGAUAAAACAGCUACAUCCAAACAUUAUGAAGGCAAGAAGGAUUGUGUCACGAAGUAAGAUUAAGAAUUUUGCCAAGGUUGUGUGGAGUUCUAUGGCUGGAGACCCUCUUAGCAAACUGAUAAGUACCAUUAGGGAUGACUUGAAUUGGUGGCUGGAAUCUCAAAGGUUAACCCAACAUGUUCAGAAGGUGAUAGAAUCAACAGCGCAAGACGUCCCGGUGCGAUUGAAAAUAAAGAUUGAACAAGGAUGGCCAAUUUCUAGUAAAUGCCACUGUGUGAGAAACUUAUUGGAACGAGAGGAUUCUCAUCGGGUUAUUCUAAUUGUUGGGUUAUCUGGUAUUGGAAAGUCAUGUUUGGCUCGACAAGUAGCUUCUAACCCGCCUACAAAGUUUGUCGAUGGAGCAGUUGAACUUGGAUUUGGCCAAUGGUGUAGUAGAAAUGCUUGCAAUGGAAAUAAAGAUGAAUACCAGAGACGCCUUGCGAGAAAAAUUUCUAAAUUUCUGGUGCAAAUUGGAUUUUGGAAGAAGAUUGGAGAUGAAAGUAGUGGAGAUCUUGAAUAUGUUUGUUGUAUCCUUCAAGAAGCAUUGUAUGGAAAGAGAAUUGUCAUACUUCUUGAUGAUGUGUGGGAGCAGGAUAUUGUUGAGCGGUUUGCAAGGCUGUAUGAUAAUGAAUGCAAGUAUUUAGCGACAACAAGAAACGAAGCUGUCUGUGAAAUAACAGAAGCCGAGAAGGUUGAGCUGAGCAAAGAUGAUAUAAAGGAGAUAAGCAAGGCAAUCCUUCAAUACCAUAGUCUCCUUGGCACGGAAGAGCUACCGGUCAUAGCAGAGACCUUGCUUGAACGUUGUGGCCACCACCCUCUGACAGUUGCUGUGAUGGGUAAAGCUCUUAGGAAAGAAGCAAGAGCUGAGAAGUGGGAAAAGGCCAUCACAAACUUAUCAACCUUUGCCACAUGUGCACCUGGUCCUGUCUCAUAUGUAAAUGAAAAGGAAGCUGAGAGCACGUUAACUGUUUUUGGGUCAUUUGAGUUCAGUCUGGAAGCUAUGCCUAGAGAUUCUAAAAGGCUCUUCAUGGCUCUGGCUUCCCUUUCAUGGGCCGAAUCCAUACCAGAAGCUUGCCUGGAGGCUAUUUGGUCGGUUCUUGGAGAGGAGAACUUGUUCCUUCUCAUUGUUUGCAAGCUUGUUGAAGGCUCCUUACUGAUUAAAACUGAUAUGGAUCCUCUGUACCAAGUUCACGACAUGGUUUCUUUGUAUCUUGAUAGCAAGGCACAUGACUCUACUGAGAUACUACUAAAUGCAUAUUCACUAGAAGAAACUGCUUUUAUUUGUCCUUGGCUGCUUAUUUUUGGAAAAGAAAAUGUCAAAAAGACUGCUGAAGAAAGGAUGGAGUUUUUGUUUAAUGUCUUGGAAGAAAAGCAGGUGAUCACCACUUUAGAAGCACUCAUCCAAGCUCUAAUGGCUAGCAAAUCCAUGUCUGAACUCGAAGUUAGCAGGGAAAGAUUUAGUAGAAUACUAGGCCCUAGGAUUGCAGACUUGAUCUCAACUAAUUCUUUGAGUCUCAUUGCCGUGACUACAGAAGCCAUCACAAAUAUAUUCAGUAAGAGUGAUUACUGCAAUUAUUUUCCUUCCCUUGAGACUACUGGUGCAAUCAAUAAGCUGACAACAACACUACAGGAUUGCAAGGACCCUGCAAUUCAAAUCCACAUAUUAAUCGUACUUGCAAAGCUUGCAGAAUUUGGAAGCCUUGAGACUGUUGAUAAGGUGCUCCAGAGCAUUCCCUUUGACCAGCUAGCUGAUUUGCUCUCCCCAAGUGCUGAGAAAUGGCAUGAGAGCAUGUUUACGGUAUUGAACUCUUUGACCAAAGCUGGAAAGUCAAAUGCUGUUGAAAGAAUGUUUGCUUCUGGGAUCGAAAAAAAACUUAUUAAACUUCUUGAGAAUGGAUCUGAAGUGCUACAGCACUAUGCCAUUGUCACACUUAAGGGAUUUUAUGAGGUGGCUCGCACUCCUGAAAUUGGUUCUCUUCAGCCAUCUGAUCUAAACUUGCUGCCAUGGCAAGUUAGGCUUCAUCUAGAAACUUUUGUUCUGUCACAUCUAACUGUUCCCCAUUUGCCAAAGCCACAAUCUUUUGAAGAUCUCAUUUAUAAGGUAUUAGAUGGAAGUAAAAAGCAGGUAUUGCAGGCAAUGCAAGACCUCAUACCGAUUAUUGAGAACGCAGCAGAUUCUAGAAUCAGAGAAAUGAUUUUACAAAGUCCCCUUGUCAAAAGGCUAUCGGAACUUCUGCAAAGCAGGCACUCAGAACAGAACUCAUUAAGAUCUGAAUCUGCUUUCUUACUGAUGAAGCUAGCUUUCUCUGGCGGAGAACCUUGCAUUAAGAAAUUUCUAGACCAUGAUAUUAUUCCCGAGCUAGUUAAGAUGAUGCAGUGCAAUGUUGCAGAGCUGCAGGAUUCAGCCUAUACAGCAUUGCACCAAAUGCUUUUUGGAAAUGGUGGGAUCCUUGUGUUGAGUAAGAUCUUUAAAACAGGUCUCGUGGAUAGGGUGGUUCAAUCAGUAGACAGCAAACCAAUGAAGACACGAGAAGUGAAUGUUCAUUGCAUUUUGGAUCUAGUUGAGCUAGGAAAUAAAUCCUGCUUGGAGAAAAUGUUGUCGUUGCAAGUGGUGGAGAAGCUUGUAGAAUCAGAAAAAAUCACCGGGGGAUCUGGUGAAACAAUAGUUGGAUUUCUCAAGGGCAUGGACAAAUGUAAGCAUUUGUCAAUGAUGGAGCGUAAGGUGAUAAAGCAACAAGUGGUUAGGAAGAUAAGGGCCUCCUCGAAAGGGCAUAAAUUUGAAACUCAAAUGUUAUCAUCAGUGGAUGCUUGUAUGUUUGAGGGUUCAAAAGGUGCCAGUAGUGGCGGCAGUGGUAGAUACAGAAAGUAA